AUGGAUGAAGUGAAUCCAUACACAGCUAUCAAAAACUUGAAACCGUUCAAAACCUCUUGGUGUAUUCAAGUUAAAAUUCUUCAUGCGUGGAAUCAUUAUACCAAAGGUUCUGGGAUGUCUUAUGAAAUGAUGUUAGCAGAUGAGGAUGGAAAUAAAAUUCAAGCAGGAAUAAAAAAGGAACAUCUACUCAAACUACAGAGGUAUGUGAAGAUAGGACACUGGACAAUCAUCGAGGAAUUUUCAGUGACUAAGGCGUCGGGACUAUAUCGAUCAACAACUCAUCCAUACAGAAUAAAUAUCCAGAGCUCUACUCGAUUCUCCAACUCGCCAACAAUUUCAGACGAGAUUUGGCUUGAUUUGGUGAAUUUUAAUGAUGUGCUAAGUGGAACUUUAGAUCAAAACAAGCUGGUUAAUGUAAUUGGUCAGCUUGUGAAUGUUGGAGAAAUCCAACUCUUGGAUGUACAAGGCAAACCUACCAAGAAGAUUGAUUUCCAAUUAAGAGACACUGACGAUAACCGUCUACCAUGCUCUCUAUGGGGAAAAUUUGCUGAUCAAAUCCACAAAGUUUCAAAGGAGUCUGUUGGUGGGAUCGUGAUUUGUUUAAUCAGAUGGGCCAAGCUGGGUCAUUACAAAGAAAUAAGGAGUAUUUCUAAUGCUUUUGACGCUUCUGAAGUUUUCAUAAAUCCUAUCUUGACAGAGGUUGAAGAAUUUAAGAACUUACUUCCAUCUGAUGGGCUUGCCUUGACAAUCAUGGAACCUAAACCAAGAUUUCAGCCUCUCAGGGUGCGUGAAGAGAGAUCUAAACAAUUUGAGAGGAAGACUAUUGCAGAGCUUAAGGCAUCGUUUGAGGUUGAAAAAGUCAAAAUAAUUUGUUCCAUUUUGUCCAUUGACUUGGACUAUUCCUGGUAUUAUUAUGCUCAUAUCAAAUGUAACAAAAAGGUUUUCAAAAGCAAAAAAACCCUAAGCUCUGGUGCCAAGAAGAUAAUAUACAGGUGUGAUAAAUGCGCUACUGAUGUAACCAGCAUUGAAGCGAGGUAUUGGCUCCACUUAGACAUUAUGGAUAACACAGGUGAAAGCAAACUAAUGUUGUUUGAUAGUUUUGUCGAGCCAAUCAUCGGGUGUCCUGCUACUGAACUUUUGGAUGUCACAAAUGAACAGAUUGAUGAACCCCAACCAUUGCCCGAUGUUGUUAAGAACAUCAUUGGGAAAACAUACCAAUUUCUGGUAUGCGUAGAGCAAGAUAACAUCUCUAGAGGGAAUGAUGAAUACAAAGUCGCUGAGGUUUUAACAAGUCAGAACAUCAAUCAAGCUUUACCUAUUAAUGAUUCUGUAAACCCUGUGGAUCAUUCUUCAAUCAGUUCCAAUGACCAGGUGUUAAUGUUGACUAAUAAUUCUGAGAAGGAGGACAACUCUCAGACAUUGAGCCGUACCCCAUUAUCAAAGAGGAAAGAAAUUGUUGACGACGGAUCUGAUCAGUCAUCCACAAGCAAAAAGCAAUGUACUAAAGAUAGUGAUGAAACUGUCACAGAUGUAACAGUCAUUGAUGUAGACAAUCCUAAUGAUUGGCAUGAGCCUAAGUUCUUUCAUAAACUUGAAGAGGCAGCGCAAGGAAACCUCAAAGAAGUUAAACAUGAACGAGAGAAGAUUGUUCUGAAGAACAUUAAAGUUGAGAAGAUUGAUGGGAAAAACGCUCCAAAGUGAUUAUUGUCCACACCACAAUGGAUUAUCC